AAGACACCCGCAGAAGAAAAUGCCUGCCUUCAACAGAUUGUUACCCCUGGCUUCCCUCGUGCUCAUCUUCUGGGUCGGUGUCUGCUUCCCUGUGUGUGUGGAAGUGCCCUCAGAGACAGAGGCCGUUCAGGGCAACCCCAUGAAGCUGCGCUGCAUCUCCUGCAUGAAGAGGGAGGAGGUGGAGGCCACCACGGUGGUGGAAUGGUUCUACAGGCCUGAGGGCGGUAAAGAUCUCCUUAUCUAUGAGUAUCGAAAUGGUCACCAGGAGGUGGAGAGCCCCUUCCAGGGACGCCUGCAGUGGAACGGAAGCAAGGACUUGCAGGAUGUGUCUAUCACUGUGCUCAAUGUCACCCUGAAUGAUUCUGGCCUCUACACCUGCAACGUGUCCCGGGAGUUUGAGUUUGAGGCACAUCGCCCCUUUGUGAAGACCACACGGCUAAUCCCCCUUCGAGUCACCGAGGAGGCUGGAGAAGACUUCACCUCUGUGGUCUCAGAAAUCAUGAUGUACAUCCUCUUGGUCUUCCUCACCUUGUGGCUGCUCAUUGAGAUGAUAUAUUGCUACAGGAAGGUCUCAAAAGCUGAAGAGGCAGCCCAAGAAAAUGCGUCUGACUACCUUGCCAUCCCAUCAGAGAACAAAGAGAACUCUGCAGUGCCAGUAGAGGAAUAG